UUCUUCUUUGUGCAUUUUCCCCUUCCAAUUAUUGAUUAAUAUUAUCUAAUGUGAUUAUCUUUUCAAAUCGGAGAACAACAAGAAUAUCUUCGAUUUGAAAUUUUUAGUUUUGGGUAUUCUUCAAAAUGUCAUCUACACCAGCUGAAUAUCCUUUACAGCAACAGCUACCACCGCCCAUGUUUAUGAGCCAACAAGCUUAUUCGGAUCGUCCGGGUCACGGGUCGGUUGGACCCGUAAUCGCUGUUCUUGCUGUUAUAACUGUAUUGGGAGCCAUCGCUGUAAUGAUAGGCAGAUUGUGUUCGGGUCGGAAGAUAAUGGGUCGUGGUCAGUACGAUUUUGAAGGAUGGGUUGAGACCAAGUGCGCGUCUUGUAUCGAUGGCCGGGUCGACCCGAUACCACGACCGGUUACUAUGGCGCCGCCGCCGGUGGUGGUUGCUGAGAGCAGCAGCAACGGUAGUCCCGGCGGUUCUGCGCCGGUGUCGGUGCCGGAGCAGGUGGAAAUGAGAGAGGAAGAAGCAUCUAAUCAACAAAGUAAUUUACAUGAGCAUCAUCCACAUGAAAGAACAGAGUCUUGAAAUGCUUUUUUUUCUUUUUCUCUUU